AUGGCCAGUGGUGGGACUCUGCUGACAGUGAGCGGUACCAACCUCGCAACCAUCCGAGAACCAAAGAUAAGGGCCAAGUAUGGGCAGGCGGAAUCGUUUCAUAACUGUACGGUGUAUAACAACUCAGUCAUGGUGUGCCUCGCCCCGUCGGUGGCCGAUUCAGAACUGGGAUUUUCAGAGGCCGGCACAGGGCCGGACGAGAUCGGCUUCUACAUGGACAAUGUGAAUGCUCUGGUGGUGGUGAACGAGACAUUCAGCUACUACCCCGACCCCGUGUUUGAGCCGCUGAGUCCCUCAGGAAUACUGGAGCUCAAACCCACAUCACCACUCAUUCUCAAGGGUCGUAACCUGAUCCCAGCGGCUCCAGGAAACAGUCGCCUGAACUACACGGUGCUGAUUGGAGAGACUCCCUGUGUCCUCACCCUGUCGGAGAGCCAGCUGCUGUGUGAAUGGCCCAACCUCACUGGACAACACAAAGUCACGAUCCGUGCUGGGGGGUUCGAGUACUCCCCCGGGACUCUUCACAUCUACUCAGACAGCCUUCUGACACUCCCCGCCAUCAUCGGCAUCGGAGGGGGCGGCGGCCUGCUCCUGUUGGUCAUCAUCGCUGUGCUGAUAGCCUAUAAGAGGAAGUCGAGGGACGCUGACCGCACACUGAAACGGCUUCAGCUCCAGAUGGACAACCUGGAGUCCAGAGUGGCUCUGGAGUGUAAAGAAGCUUUUGCUGAGCUUCAGACAGACAUCCAUGAGCUGACCCAGGAGCUGGACGGGGCUGGGAUCCCAUUCCUUGACUAUCGGACGUAUGCGAUGAGGGUCCUGUUCCCUGGGAUCGAGGACCACCCCGUGCUCAAGGAGAUGGAGGUUCAGGCGAAUGUUGAGAAGGCACUGACGCUGUUUGGCCAGCUGCUGACCAAGAAGCACUUCCUGUUGACGUUCAUACGAACCCUGGAGGCACAAAGGUCAUUCUCAAUGCGAGACAGAGGCAACGUGGCUUCUCUGAUCAUGACGGCCCUGCAGGGGGAGAUGGAGUACGCCACUGGAGUCCUGAAACAGCUGCUGUCCGACCUGAUCGACCGAAACCUGGAGAGCAAAAACCAUCCCAAACUGCUGCUCCGGAGAACGGAGUCUGUGGCUGAGAAGAUGCUGACCAACUGGUUUACAUUUCUGCUGUAUAAGUUCCUCAAGGAGUGUGCUGGGGAGCCUCUGUUCAUGCUUUACUGUGCCAUGAAGCAGCAGAUGGAGAAGGGACCCAUCGACGCCAUCACAGGAGAAGCCCGCUACUCCCUCAGUGAGGACAAGCUCAUCAGGCAGCAGAUUGACUACAAAACACUGACGUUGCACUGUGUAAACCCAGAGAAUGAGAAUUCCGCCGAGGUGACGGUCAAGUGUCUGAACUGUGACACCAUCACUCAGGUCAAAGAGAAGCUGCUCGAUGCUGUGUACAAGGGCAGCCCCUAUUCACAAAGGCCAAAGGCUUCUGAUAUGGACCUGGAAUGGCGUCAAGGUCGGAUGGCCAGAAUCAUUCUGCAAGAUGAAGAUGUCACAACUAAGAUCGACAACGACUGGAAGCGCCUCAACACACUGGCUCACUAUCAGGUGACGGACGGCUCAGUGAUCGCCCUGGUGCCGAAGCAGAACUCUGCCUACAACAUCUCAAACUCGUCCACCUUCACCAAGAGCCUCAGCAGAUACGAGAGUAUGCUGAGGACAGCCAGCAGUCCAGACAGCCUACGAUCCAGAACACCCAUGAUCACGCCCGACCUGGAGAGUGGCACCAAACUGUGGCAUCUGGUGAAGAACCACGACCACUCGGACCAGAGAGAGGGCGACCGGGGAAGCAAGAUGGUCUCUGAGAUCUACCUGACCAGGCUGCUCGCCACCAAAGGUACGUUACAGAAGUUUGUGGACGACCUGUUUGAGACCAUCUUCAGCACGGCACACAGAGGCAGUGCGCUGCCCCUCGCCAUCAAGUACAUGUUUGACUUCCUGGACGAGCAGGCCGACAAACACUCGAUCAAUGACUACGACGUACGACACACUUGGAAGAGCAACUGUCUUCCUCUGCGUUUCUGGGUGAACGUUAUCAAGAACCCCCAGUUUGUAUUUGACAUUCACAAGAACAGCAUCACAGACGCCUGUCUGUCUGUGGUGGCCCAGACCUUCAUGGACUCCUGUUCAACAUCAGAACACAAACUGGGAAAAGACUCACCUUCGAAUAAGCUGCUCUACGCUAAAGACAUCCCCAACUACAAGAACUGGGUGGAGAGGUAUUACUCUGACAUCUCCCGCAUGCCGGCCAUCAGCGACCAGGACAUGAGUGCCUACCUAGCAGAGCAGUCCCGCCUGCACCUCAGCCAGUUCAACAGCAUGUCUGCGCUGCACGAGAUCUACUCCUACAUCAUCAAAUACAAAGACGAGAUCCUUUCAGCGUUGCAGAAGGACGACCAGUCGCGCAGACAGCGGCUACGCGGAAAGCUGGAGCAGGUGAUCGACACCAUGGCUCUGGCCAGCUGAGGACCAGCCAAUCACGCUCCUCGGCUAGCAGAGAACUGGCCGACCAACACACCUUCCCUGACAACCGUAGACGCCCCGUGACAUUUAGACCCUCGACGUUUGAAGUCUCUCGCUGUCGCCCUCGUAAACAACAACAAACAUGAGCAGCCGAAAAGACUGCCAGGACACAAGCACCCUGCGGCAGCACACUGGAGAGAUAGCAGAGUUUGGACCUAAAAACCCGCCGGCAGGGUUGGUGUUUUUUUUUGUUUUUUGGGGGUCUUUUCUGAGCCACCAACCCAGCCCUGAACAACCAAAUCAACCCCCCGACAGCCUCAGCAGAUAUGGUCCUCAGCUCAGGAGAGAGUUCAUUUUCAUCAAGGCCCCUCAUCACAUGGCGAGUCCUAUAGGGGCAGCAGCUGGGUACUUUGGCCACAAUCAGGAGCGGUACAUGCACAGAGGCGACCAGAGACUCAUGGAGCUGGACGUAGAGCUGAAACGCUGCAGGGGGAAAGGUACAAGUCACCAGCGAGUAGCUUUCCACAGCCAGAGCUACGGUUCAAUAGCAACUGUUGGCUAAUAGAAAUCCAGGAUGCGAUAUCUCUAUACUUGAUCCCUUUCUCUUUCCUGUUGCUGUCCUCCACGGGAAUGUCAGUGGUCAGGGACAGCUACAGAGCAGCCGCCAUGGAGCUGGUGGAAAUUCAGUGUGUUGCUCAAAGACACUUUAGCAGGACACUUGGCUGCCAUCGCAGAGCAACCAUGAGGAAGGACUUUGCAGGGAAACUCUUCCUCCAGUACUGACUCUCUAUCAACAAGACCUCAGAGAAAGGACAUCCUCAGUUUCACCACUCGGCUUUUGAUUUGUUAUUGUAUUUGAUUCCGUUGCUCCCUCAACUGCCUACUCUCCCUAGUGCUGUGCCACUUGUGUUACUGCUGAAUUUGCACAACAAAGCUAAAUCAAAAGAGAGAAGAGGAUAUAUGAAUAUAUAUAUAUAAAUAUGGAUAUAUAAAUACAAACCUUUUGUUUUUAAAACAAAUGAGAAGUUGAAUUCUUUUCCAUUUUACUGUACAAUAGAUAAGUUCGACAAGAGGAUUUGAUAUUUACGAGAUGAAAAAUUAUGAGGAAAAAGUAGUCCUGUGCCAUGUUUUCCUUUGAAUGUUGUUUAGUGCAAAAAGACUUCUUUACGUUAGAUGAAAUGUGCUUUCAUGAAAUGUUGCCAUGCUUACCGACUGAAAGUGAGAGUUUAAAAAAUAGGUAACUGGCAGAGAUAUACAUAUAUAUAUAAUUACAGACACUUUCUAUAUUUCAUGAGGUCUUUAGUUAGUUGUGUGCUACAUAUCUGGCGAAAGGACAAAUGGUGUCUGGAAGUCGCCUGUGCGCCGAACGACCUACAGUGCUCUUGUGUUUGUUUUGAAGCAACCAAAUACAGCUGAUUUAGAUGAAGUCAUUUCUGUGGAGGCCAGCCUGGUCUCUGUGUGGCGGUCGGACCACUGGAGGAGUUAGGCAGCCGUCGAGGUUGAACCGUGGCACAUGUUCUCUGCAACUUCUUGAUCUUGUUUUAUAGCCUUCCCCCUCUUGUCUGAAACAUUUUAUUAGAUGUGCCAUCUGACAUGAAGGCUAGUUUUUGGUGUGAUGCAAAAGAAAGUGAAACAGUGUUGUCGAACUUUGGCUUGUAUUUUUUUUUUCUUAGUCUGCAGUGAAUACGGUAAAAGCUCAAGGCUCCAUUUUUGAAAUGUGAAUGUGGUUUAUGAAGCGAUAAUGAAAUGUAGCUUGAUUCAUGUCAGUGUUGUUUUUGUACCAGUUGAAGGCCUUUUUUUUUCAUUCUGUGGUUUUACAGGGGUAUCAAAAAAAGUGAAGAACGUGCUGCACCACAUAAACUGGCAGUGCUCAGAAAAAACAUGCGUACAUGAACAAGACAUUCCUGUAUCCUAUGACAGUAAGUGUUAGAGAAAAAAAUACGAUUGACUGGCGUUAAACACAUCGGGGGUAAUGUCAUGUAAAAUGUAUGGUUGAUGAACUGUCAUUCAUCCAUGAGAAGCAGAUCAGACUCAUCCACAAACAAGAGCAGAUGAAGUGAACUACUUAUCCCUGUUUGUUUCUUUUGAUAAUGGAGAAAAUAGAUGAUGGUUAAACAGGUUGAUUUCCAUAGGAUUUACAAGAAUACUGCAGUUACCAAUGCAUCAAAAUCCUGUUGGCUACAUCCACAUUACUAUAUUUUUGGUUGAAAACAUAUCAACUCUGCUACAAAUAUGCCUGGGUCCCCACUACUAGCAACCAACAUUAGCCUCGGCUCCCACUGUAGAACACAACAUGGAUAAUCAAUUAGCAACAGGCUGACCCCUUUUUCCUUGCUAACAGCUUGAAUUCUGCAUUUAACUAUGAUAAAAGUGAUCACAUGCGAAAAGGAGCUUAUAUUCUAACAAUUCCUGUUCACACCAACAAACUUAUGUCCGCGUUUUUUGGCAUGUUAGUAUGAAUAGGAAUUAAAACUCAUCCUCAGCCAAAACGCUUGUGUGGAAAAAUUCUGUUUUCAAAUGAAAUGGGGUAGUAUGGAUUUAUCCCUUCUUUUCCUUCCUGUUCAACAGUGCUUCCCUCAGUUUUUUUUUUUUUUUCCUGCA